GGAAAUGCUGAGAAAAUGAGGAAGGAGGAGGAGGAGGAGACCGGGCUGUGCUAUAUAUAGGCCAAGAUACAGUUAGCCUCACUCUCCAAGCGACCGCCAUGCUGAGUCAGAUCACAGUGCUGUUGUUCAUGCUGGGGGCGGCUGUGGCCGACACUCCCGCUAACUGCCUAUAUGAAGACAUUCGAGGCACGUGAAACUUUUUUGAGACGGAACGGUCUGGUGACAACACACUGAGCUGCGAGACACUGGGACUCGUGGCUCACACAAAGACCUUCACCCUUGACUUUCCCAAUACUGUUAUGGAUGAACUGGGCAACAAGGGCACGUGGACCAUGAUAUGGAAUCAGGGUUUCGAGGUGACGAUCAACCAAAGAUCAUACUUCGCUUUCUCCUACUAUGAGGGGAACUUAGUCUCCGCCACAUCAUACUGCGACAAAACAUUUAAUGGAUGGUCUCGCGAUGCCACCGUGAGGAACUGGUCGUGUUUCUCAGCCAACAAGACCACUGAGGUCACCCCUCGUGUCACCAAGUUGUCGACGCUCCUGAGGAUGCAUCACCAAACUUAUCGAAAUGAUCAUGCGAUGAUUGAGAGGAUUAACUCGAAGCAGUCGUCGUGGACAGCCAAAGCUUACCCGGAGCACGAGAAGUACACUGUGAUGGAGAUGGGGCAGCGGAUGGGCGGCCUAAGGUCAGUGCUGCAUAAUCCACCACCUCCAGCACAAGCCACACCGGAACAGAAGGCUCGCAUUUCCCUCCUUCCCAAAAACUUUGACUGGAGGGACGUGGAAGGAGUGAACUACGUAGCCCCAGUACGAGAUCAGGGCGGCUGCGGAUCUUGUUACGUGUUUGCCUCCAUGGCUAUGAUCGAGUCCAGGCUCAGAAUCAAGACAAAUAAUCAGCGGCAAGACGUGUUCUCCACUCAGGAUGUUGUCUCGUGCUCGGUGCUGUCUCAGGGCUGCGAUGGAGGCUUCAGCUACCUGAUCGCUGGCCGCUACGCAGAGGAUCAGGGAGUGGUGGCCGAGGAAUGCAACCCCUACACUGGAAAGAACGAUCCUUGCAACACGGACACCAGCUGUGCGCGUACCUUCGUCAGCGACUACGAGUAUUUGGGCGGCUACUAUGGGGCUUGUAAUGAGGAGAAGAUGCUGCAAGCAUUGGUGGAAAAGGGGCCCCUUGCUGUCGCCUACGCCGUUUACGAUGACUUCCCAAAUUAUGACGGUGGCAUUUACCAUCAUACUGGCGAGAGAAAUGACUUCAAUCCCCUGGAGUACGUGAACCACGCUGUCCUGUUGGUGGGCUAUGGUGAGGAUGAGACCACAGGUGAGAAGUUCUGGACGGUCAAAAACUCCUGGGGCGACUCUUGGGGAGAGGACGGUUACUUCAGAAUACGCCGAGGAACCAACGAGUGUGCUAUUGAAUCCAUGGCAGUAGACAUCACUGCCAUACCUUGAGACGCUUGUUUCUUCACGAAGCAGACAGACGCACAUACAUACAUACACACAUAAAGAGGACAGGAUGAAUCGAGAAAGGUCAUGACAAUUUUAGAUUAUAAUAAAGAAAAUCCCAAACACGAAGUCUUCCACCAUGAAGUUACGGAAGAUCCGCUUUCAAUAAUGUAGUCAGGUAUAGUGAUCUCAUUUGUUGCAUCUAUGCUAAGUAUUGUUAUAACCAAAUUGUUCCAAGUUCACAUGAUGAAGCAGUACCUCAGAAGUUUUCCUUAAGCCUCAGGCUCUUCCCUGAGGCAUGGUUAUCAGUAAAGGAGUUCAUUCAUAUGUAAUAUUAUCACAGUUCUCCAAGGAAAUGGUAAGAUGCAUGCACUAUGCAUAUAACUGUUGUAUCUAUUUUUCAAUACACCGCAUUUACACAACGGAGCGACAGUCUAGUCUUGCUUUAGCAGCACCUUCCCUUGCAUGCUGCUGCUGCUGCUGCUGCUGCUGCUGCUGCUGCUACUGCUGCUGCUGCUGCUACUACUACUACUACUACUACUACAAAUACAGAAAUUGUGUGUU